AUGGAGGGCAUGCAAGUAGAAGCGGCCGACGGCCACGCGGGAAGGUUCCCGAAGCCGUACCAGAUUGUCCACCGGGACUGUCGGCCGCGCGAGAGACGGGAGAGCGCCGCAGCGCAGGGCGGUGCGGACGAGAGCCGACCUAGGCCUCUGCGGUUCCUACAGUGGAACAUCGAGCGCGGGUACCAGCUGGAGGGAAUCAUCGAGGAGAUACGGGACCUGGACCCCGACAUCCUCGCGCUGCAGGAACUGGACUGGGGAUGCGACCGCUCGAACGGGGAGGACGUCGGCCUGCGGAUCGCUCAAGAGCUCGGGUACAGCUACGCGUUCGUCUGCGAGUUCGAGGAGCACCGGUCGUGGCUUCGAAAGCCCUCCUCUCAGGGAGGGGGCGUGCACGGCAACGGUGUGUUGACGAAGCACGAGAUCGUGGAGUCCUGGAGCGUGGUCCACCAACACACCCCGGUGGACUGGAACCGACGGCGCGCACUGAUGAGCUGGCUGGAGCCGCGCAAGGGCGGGCGCGUGACGCUCGGGUGCCUCGUGCGCACGCCCAUGGGCGACGUCGUGGUGUACUCCGCGCACUUCGAGGUAUUUUGUGGCAUGAUUGACCGCAUGGUGCAGCUCUCGGAGGUCUUUGAGGACGCGCGGGCGCAGAUCCGCCGUGGCCGGUACGCGCAGGUCCUCGCGGGCGACCUCAACACGCUCGCGCACGGCCUCGCGCGCUUCUCUCCGAUGUUCGCCACCGACCGCAUGCGCUUCCGCACCUGGGGCUCGUGCGAGUCCGAGAUCUGGGAUCGCGACGUGAUGUCGUGGCAGGACCCCGACUUCGGGUACGCGGGCGGCGUGCUCCCGAAGAAGCCCACGGCGCGGUCCCCGACGUCGCGGUCGGUCCUGCGCCUCCCCGGCAUGGUGUACCAGAGCAUGCGCGCAGUGCGCAGCCUUUUCGGGACCGAGCCGCCCCGCGCGCACGAAGGCAUGCACCGCCGCGCGUCGUCGUCGCUGUCGGCCGACGACGGCCGCCACGCGGGCGAGCCGGCGCACGCGCGCGGGGCCGGCCGCAGCGGCGAGAUAUCCGCACUGACGGCAACGCUGCGCGGCGCCGCGGCCAACCUGCCCGGCGCGGGCGUCCACAGCAGCGGGGUACCGGGAACGGCGCGGUACGCCGAGGGCGGGGGCCUGAGCGGCGCGGAGACGCCAGAUCACGCUCGGAUCGACGACGCGGUCGCGCGGCUGUCCAACGGCCGGCCGCCGCCGUCGUCGAAGCCGGUGGGGAUCGCCGCGCACAUGCCGCCGCGGCCGCAAGUCGGGGACUCGCCCAUGCCGUACGAGACGCCGCGCGGGAGCCAGGUCUUCCGGAAGGGUCUGGCACUGAUGGAGGAGAAGGUCGGCAAACUGCAGGACCUGGUGGCGGGGUCUGCGCACGCGCCUGUGCCGGCACACCGCCGACGGACUUCGCAGGACACGCCCAGCCGGCUGCGGCGCGGUGCGCGGCGCAGCAGCGACCACGGGCACUCGGCGUCGGGCCGGCCUGGGGAGCGCGAUGGCCUGCUUGCGGGCGGCGGGCCGAAGAACGAGCAGCUGUACAAGUGGGGCGUUCCAGCGGACGUGUGCCGGCAGAUUCUGAACCCCGGAUUCGUGGACCCGUUCGACCCCGUGAAGGACAUCACGCUGGACCACCCCCUCGGGCAGUGCUGCGGCAUGAGCCUCCAGCAGGGCAAGCUCGACUGGUUGAUGCUGCGCGGCAUGGACCCGGUGUACCUGUCCGUCGGGAACCACGACUUCUCCCUAUCCGACCACAAGUGGCUCGCGGCGGACGUCGUCGUGCACCCGCAGAGCUCCGGGGACGUCUGA